AUGAACGGGCACAAGUUCGACGAGACGCUGUACGAUGCCGAGCAGAUCAAACUCAUGGAGGAGCGCCUCAUCGUGCUCGACAAGGACGACAACCCGAUAGGAGAGGACAGCAAGAAAACAUGCCAUCUCAUGCAGAACAUCCUACCGCCACGCUCGCUACUCCACCGAGCUUUCUCUUGCUUCCUCUUCAGACCGUCAGAUGGCCGUCUGCUGCUACAACAGCGAGCACAAGAGAAAAUUACCUUUCCGCUCAUGUGGACCAAUACCUGCUGCUCCCAUCCGCUGGCGAUAAAGCAGGAGAUGGAAGCGCAAGAUGUCGUCGGCGUACGUCGCGCUGUGAGGAGGAAGCUAGACCAUGAGCUGGGCAUCAAGCCUGACUCGAUCAAUCUCGACGAAUUGCUCUUCAUCACGCGCAUACACUACCUCGCUCCUUCAGACGGUCUCUGGGGAGAACACGAAAUCGACUAUGUCGUCUUUGCCACGGCAGACGUCGAGCUAGAAGUGAACCCAAAUGAGGUAGCAGAUACGCGAUGGGUCUCCAAGGCCGAGCUAGAAGACUUUUUCAAGGAUUCCAGCGUGACCUUCACGCCCUGGUUCAAGCUCAUCGCCCAAUCGUUCUUGUACAAGUGGUGGGAUGCCUUGCUCGCCCAGACGGCAAAGCAAUCCAGCAAGCUCGUCGCAGAUACCCAAGCGCUCAGACCGCUCGUCACUCAGCAAGAUCAGUCCACCAUCCAUCGCCUUGCUUUCGAUGACUUGCAUCGAGCGUUCGUCUCUCGUCUCACUGGGGAGCCCUGCUCUAGAGGAGACAUCAAGAGGGUCUUUGCAGAUCUGAUCUUGCUUCAAGCGGGUAUCAAGCUCGUUAGGUAUUCGCUCGAGAUCUGCAAGGCUCUGCUUCUGUGGCUUUGCGAGAUUUGCGACAGCGAUGGGCGAGAGCGAGGGUGGUACACUGUGUUUCGUGUAGAGGUCUUACAGAUGAUCGUUGCCAAGUUCGCUCGUACAAGCAUGCGUUGCCAGUCUCUUUCGGUAUGCAAGGAGACACUGGUAUCAAAAAAAAGGGGCUGA